AGAGAGAGAGAGAGAGAGAGAGAGAGAGAAAUGCUCACCCACUGGAAAAUGGAAAUGUUCACUGUGUUCAGAACAGCUAGCACAUUUCACUCUGAAAACACAAUACCAUGUUUUCCAACAUGGUAGUGGUUUGAAAACGGAGACUUAUCAAUGCACAGAUCAGUAGCGUCCUUGUUGGAGUGGCUGUCACAUGAAUUCUUUGGAGACUUCUGGAGAAAAGAGAAAGAAACCAAAAACGGCAUGAAUGAAUUAACCAACCCUAUUAUGAUGGCAUCUGCAGCGAAAUGGAUUAAGAGCUUCUAACAGAACUGGAUAAACAGUUUGUCUCCCCCCCUCUCUUUUCUUCAGUUUUAAUACAGAUAUGAAAAAGUCUCAGAAAAAGACCCAUGGAAUUAAGUCAUCAUGGAAUAGUGCCAGAUCCAAUCUACAGUGAAGCAAACCUUUCUUCUGUGUGAGCCAGACACAAGAAAAUAAAGAACAUGAAAUUUCCUUCCAAACACCUGCAAAUUGAUGACUAUCAUAUGGAAAUUUGACAUAGUUCGGAAUCAAAUGGGAGACAUGCAACUUCCAUGAUGUCCUGAAAAGGCUUACCACACAAUAAACAAGUGGGGAAAGCUUUAUCAACUUCUCAUGUGUGCUUGCACACUAGGUUUGUAUAGUUAUGUAGACAAAUCUAAGACAAACAUACAAUCAGUUUUUCCUAAGUUCCCAAAUCAUACAUAAAGGCAAACAAUUGUGGCAAAAGGUUGUUUUAUACUCUGCCUUUCUGAAUCAUUGACCAGUCCUGUUGUGGAAAGUACAGCAAGUACUUGUGGAUUUCGAUUUUGAAUGAACGGUAAGCACAGACAGUUCCUCUAGAAAUAAUCAUGGUUGAUAAUUAUACAUGUAACAAGACAGAUGGAGACAACACAGAUUUCCGGUACUUCAUUUAUGCAGUGACAUACACUGUUAUUCUUGUGCCCGGUCUCAUAGGGAACAUGUUAGCCCUGUGGGUAUUUUAUGGCUAUAUGAAAGAAACCAAAAGAGCGGUGGUGUUUAUGAUAAAUUUAGCCAUUGCUGACUUAUUACAAAUUCUCUCUCUGCCACUGAGGAUAUUUUACUACUUGAACCAUGACUGGCCAUUUGGUCCUGGCCUCUGUAUGUUUUGUUUCUACCUGAAAUAUGUUAAUAUGUAUGCCAGCAUCUACUUCUUGGUCUGUAUCAGUGUGCGAAGAUUUUGGUUUCUCAUGUACCCCUUUCAUUUCAAUGACUGCAAGCAGAAAUAUGACUUAUAUAUCAGCAUUGUUGGGUGGUUGAUCAUCUGCCUUGCCUGCCUACUCUUUCCUCUCCUCAGAACCAAUGAUGAUACUCCAGGCAACAGAACCAAAUGUUUUGUGGAUCUUCCUACCAGGAAUGUCAAUCUGGCCCAAUCUGUUGCCAUGAUAACUAUUGGAGAGGUGGUUGGCUUUGUAACUCCUCUUAUGAUUAUUCUGUACUGUACCUGGAAGACAGCUUUAUCAUUGCGAAAUAGAUAUCCCAUUCCUCAACAUCUUGGAGAGAAAAAGAAAGCCUUGAAGAUGAUUCUGACCUGUGCAGGGGUAUUUCUAAUUUGCUUUGCACCUUAUCACUUCAGCUUUCCUUUAGAUUUCCUGGUUAAAUCCAAUGAAAUUCAGAGCUGCUUAGCCAGGAGAGUGAUUCUAAUAUUUCAUUCUGUGGCCCUGUGUCUGGCAAGUCUGAAUUCCUGCCUUGACCCAGUUAUAUAUUAUUUUACCACUAAUGAAUUCCGAAGACGUCUUUCAAGACAAGAUUUGCCGAGUAGUAUCCAACUCCAUACCAAAUCAUACAAAAUUGUGAGUAACCAUGCCAUGUCCACAGUGGCUACUGAACUACGCUAAAUAAAAUGGCAAUACUGAACUUGGACUGAAAUGCAAGUACCAGAACACAUUUUCAAUACCCUAUGAGCAAGACAGCACACACAGAAAUUGUUCACAGUCUUUCAGUGUGUUCUAUAGUUACUUGUGUGGGAAAGGCACAUAUUUGUGAAAAGUCCUAUUUAGGCCGUUAUGUUUCUACGUCAUUGCUGGUGACAAACCCAUGCAGCAAUGUAUGACCAAGUCUUUAAAAUUUAAGUGCUUAAAUUUUGACAACACUCUCCACACAUAUGCUCUUAGCUAGUCAUUAGUUUUAUUUGUGAGCCUAAGUCACAAAGAAAUUACUAUUUCAAGCCCACCGUAAACACGGAGUUUUAUCUCAGAUGCUGAAUCAAAGGGAGUGCAAUUAUCUAUUUGUAGUAGUGAUCACAGUUUGCAAUCCAACAACAUAUCUGAUUGUGUUUAGAGUGGGAUGGACAAUACCUAUGUACAGAUAACAUUACAAAUAUAGGGUAUUUUUUUUUCUCUUCUACCUGUUAUUCCAUUCAAGGAUUUGGAAACUCCAAUGCUUGGUUACUUCUGUUAGUUUCAGUAUGAAACAUGAUCUGUCACAUCUAUUCCUUAAAUGAAAAUCUGAAAUCAGGCUUUGUUAUAUUUAAUCUAAGAGCAACAACAAUUCAUACAUAAUAAUCCUCUGAGAUUGCAUAAAAUGCUACAAUGAAUGUUCGCAGAGCAGGUAGUUUUCUCGAGUUGACCCAACAUGACUCAAAUGGCCUUUAGGCUUUAGAGAAAGGAAAAAGGUGACAAUCACAGUUCUGUCUCUCUUAAACUAGUUUCAAAGAACACACUUGGAAAUGUAUGAACCCGACUAGUUGAGAGAUUUUUUUCCAUCAUAUUUUAGAACUACAGUGAAGAAAUCUGAGGAGUUACUACCACACUUACUGAGCCUAUUACACACUAAGAAAGAAACAGUGCAUCGAUUAUUUACUAAGCUGAAGCAGAGUGAAAAUAUGAAAGAAAGUAAAGUAAAUGUCUUAAAUCACUAUUGUCCUUCAAAUAUUCUCCAAGUGAAGUGAUGCCUAUCAGGGCUCUACACAAGCCAGAGUAGGGCUUAAAGACAUGUGUCAUGUGGACUUUCAAGUCUGAUUUUAUUUUUUUUCCAUUAGCUAAAUUACAUGAUUAUUAAGCCUACACAAAUUACCUCUCAGAAACUGUUGAAAGUAAUUCUUUCACCUUUUGAGAAGUGUUGACCAUUCCAGCAGCUUGGGCACUAUUUACAAAAGCUUUACUACCUACUAGGUAUUAUUGAGCAGGAAAACUCUGUUAUGUGGCUAUAAAUACUAGAAUAGUCUGAAGCAUGAUAUACAUUAUAAAUUAGAUCACUUUUUUAAAUGUUUGAUUAGACAAUGGGAAGAGAACACUGUUCUUUAUAAUAAGAAAAAUAUCAUGUAGUUUUAGGCAUAUAGUUAAUGAUACUAUAUGUUUUGAGAUAAACUUGUUAAAUCAACAUGAAUUAUAACUUCUAAUUCUACUGGACACCUUCUAAAGUUUUGUCUAAGCAAGUACAGAUUAUGCUUUUACAGUUUAUAAAAUAAUAAGGGAUUAGGAAAAUGACAUUGUGCUGCUAGCAACAGUAUAUGUAUGUAUUUUCUGGUUAUUCCUUGUAAUGUACAUAUGUUUUGAUGUAUUAAAUAAGUAUUACAUUUUGUUUUCAA